GGCGCAUUUAUUUUUUCUGAAUCCUAAUUCAUUUUUUUUUUGUUCUUAAAUUAAUUCCAAUUUCCAAGUCCUCUUCAUCUUUAUUGCUUUUUUUAUUCCCUAACUCUUGUUUUAUUGGCAUAGAAAUUUUCUUCGGAUCCUCCUCACUGUCUCUCUAUACUCCACUCUUCAUCAAGCGUUGGGUCAUCGCCGUCUUCCCUUUCCUUCCCUCUCUAACGUAAAGCAGGUAGGAUGAGCAUUUCUGAUGAAGAGGCUGAGAUCAGCGAGUCAGAGAUUGAGGACUAUUCUGAAACACCCUACCGCCUUUUACGCGACGGGACUUACAAGGUGAAGGUGAAUGGACAGCUCAGAUGCCCGUUUUGUGCAGGCAAGAAGAAGCAAGAUUACAAGUACAAGGAGUUGUAUGCACAUGCUACUGGGGUUUCCAAAGGUUCUGCCACCAGAAGUGCUUUACAGAAGGCUAAUCAUCUUGCUUUAGCUAUGUUUUUAGAGAAUGAGCUUGCUGGUUAUGCAGAACCUGUUCCACGCCCUCCAGUUGUUCCUCCUCAGUUAGACGAGACUGAACCAAACCCUCAUAACGUCUAUGUCUGGCCAUGGAUGGGGAUUGUUGUUAACCCUUUGAAAGAAGCGGAUGACAAGGAACUUCUACUUGAUUCAGCAUAUUGGCUGCAGACCCUUUCCAAAUUCAAGCCUAUUGAGGUGAAUGCCUUUUGGGUCGAACAAGAUUCGAUUGUUGGGGUUAUUGCUAAGUUUAACGGAGACUGGAGUGGCUUUGCUGGUGCCACAGAGCUUGAAAAAGAAUUUGAGACCCAAGGGUCCAGCAAAAAGGAGUGGACUGAGAGGAGCGGAGAUUCAGAGUCAAAGGCCUAUGGUUGGUGUGCACGUGCAGACGACUUUGAAUCUCAAGGUCCAAUAGGUGAGUACCUCUCCAAGGAGGGACAGCUAAGAACAGUUUCAGAUAUUUCGCAAAAAAAUGUGCAGGAUAGAAACACUGUUCUGGAAGAACUUUCAGAUAUGAUUGCUAUGACAAACGAAGAUCUGAACAAGGUCCAAUACAGUUACAACAGGACGGCAAUGUCACUGCAAAGGGUCCUAGAUGAGAAAAAAAACUUGCACCAAGCUUUUGCUGACGAAACAAAGAAGAUGCAGCAGAUGUCACUUCGCCAUAUCCAGAAAAUCCUAUAUGAUAAAGAGAAGCUAAGCAAUGAACUGGAUCGUAAGAUGCGGGACUUGGAGUCUCGGGCCAAACAAUUGGAAAAACAUGAAGCACUAACUGAACUGGAUAGGCAAAAGCUUGAUGAAGACAAGAGAAAGAGUGAUGCUAUGAACAAAUCCCUACAGUUAGCCUCACGUGAGCAGAAAAAGGCUGACGAAAGCGUCUUGAGACUUGUAGAAGAACAUCAGAGGCAAAAAGAAGAUGCUUUGAACAAGAUCCUUCUGCUUGAGAAGCAGCUAGACACCAAACAGACACUGGAAAUGGAGAUUCAAGAGCUAAAAGGCAAAUUACAAGUGAUGAAGCAUCUGGGGGAUGAUGAUGAUGAGGCGGUCCAGAAGAAAAUGAAAGAGAUGAAUGAUGAGCUGGAUGACAAGAAAGCUGAGUUAGAAGGGCUAGAAAGUAUGAACUCAGUCUUGAUGACAAAAGAACGCCAAAGCAAUGAUGAGAUACAAGCAGCGCGGAAAAAAUUGAUUGCGGGUUUGACAGGAUUGUUGGGUGCCGAGACCGAUAUUGGAGUAAAAAGGAUGGGAGAACUUGAUGAGAAACCUUUCCUGGAUGUUUGCAAGCUGAGAUAUUCUGCAAAUGAAGCUGCGGUCGAAGCUGCCACCCUUUGCUCUACAUGGCAGGAGAACCUUAAGAAUCCAUCAUGGCAACCAUUCAAGCAUGAAGGAACCGGGGAUGGAGCAGAGGAAGUGGUAGACGAGGAUGAUGAGCAGCUGAAGAAGCUUAAAAGAGAGUGGGGUAAAGAGGUGCAUAACGCAGUAAAAACAGCUCUUGUGGAGAUGAAUGAGUAUAAUGCAAGUGGUCGGUACACAACUCCAGAACUGUGGAACUUCAAAGAAGGAAGAAAAGCCACUCUGAAGGAAGUGAUUACCUUCAUUUCGAACGACAUAAAAAUUCUGAAACGCAAAAGAACCUGAAGGUAUGCUAAAUCUUCUACAGUUGACACAGGUCUCCUUAUAAACACUCAGAAACGUGUAAGAGUCUUUAUAAGGUUUAGGGUAGAAACUCGUCAACAAAUACUGCAGAGGCAUGAUCUCUUUUGUUGACUUCAGUUAAAGAACUUGAAUUAUGAUCUGGUCUGGCUUUGUUCUUGUGCCAUUUUGAUUUGAACUGAAGAAUCCAAUGGUCUUCUACUUUUGGUUGCUGGAUUGGAGAAGCAGGAAGAAGAGGAAGAAUAAAUGGUUAAGCUUUAUGUGAUAUAAGUAACUGAGAAUUGAUGUAAAAUAAUUAGGAUGCUCGUAUGCGUAUGGAGAUUGGAGACUAAUUUCUUUCACUUAUCGUUGAACCUUUUUAUUUAAAAGCAUUCGAAUCUUUAAGUUAUCUCUUUGUUUAUGCUUUUUGUUUUAUAUUUUUGUUAAUAGCCACCAAAAAUCA